GUUCGAUAAGCCACAUCCCAGUUGAUGAUAGCAAUCGGUACUCAAGUACUCAACUUCGACAAGCGAUCAUAUACGCUGCGAAGAUAGAAAGUUUAUUUAUUCUGUUAAAUGUGGCCCCCAUCAUCCAUGUGCCCGAGCGAUCCGACCGCCCUUUACCCUAGCCGAAGGGCAAUGCGCAUGACACUUUCAUCCCAUCUUGGAUCAUGAGUAGGGCAAUCUACUUUGGAGACUUCAGGAUAUAUAAAAGCACAGAGGUAUCUCUUUGGAUUCCGUGAAAAGGAAACCAGCUUCUUCGUCCACAAUGUCUAUCGUUGAUCUCGAAAAGGCAGCCAGUGCUAGCAGCUUCACAGGCUCUACCGAGUUAUCCUCGACAUCGGUUUCCGUAGAUACCACGAUCGAGGGUAGUGCCAGCAAACUACCGGUGGUUCUCCCCCCGAAAAAUGGAUACUCAAGUCUGACAAGGUGGCUCAAACUCAUCUUUUUCUCGUAUUAUCGGAAAACCUUCUCGAUCAUCUUCCUCGCAAACCUUAUUGCUUUCAUCACCUUUGUCGUUCGGAACAACGGGACUCCCAAAACUCCCGAGGUUGGUAGCGCUGCAUCGGCGAACCUGAUGGUCGCCCUUCUCUUCCGUCAGGAAAAUUUCGUCAACCUCGUCUACGAGAUCGCCGUUGCCUGUCCUCACAGUGCACCUCUAUGGCUCCGUCGACGACUGGCGAAGGUCUUCCACUACGGCGGUGCUCAUAGUGGUGCAGGUGUAGCUGCCGUUGUAUGGUACAUCAUGUACACCGCUCUCACCACCAAAGACUAUAUCGCCCAUCGAACUGGCGCAUCCCUUGCCAAUCUCAUCACAUCCUACAUCCUCGUCACCAUGUUUUGUCUCAUCCUCGCCGGCGCCUACCCACGUUUCCGCGUCCUUUAUCACGACUAUUUCGAAGCCAUGCACCGGUAUUCAGGCUGGGUUGCUCUUUGCACCUUCUGGGUCCACACGAUCUUUGCGGCGGAGGAGUACAGGGUUCUGGAAGAGGAGGUCCUUCCCCUUGGCCUUUAUCUCAUCCGAACACCAAAUUUUUGGACACUGUGCAUCUCGACGAGCUGCACCAUUCUCUCUUGGGGCCGUCUCCGUCGCCAAGAUGUUUACCCAGAAGUUCUCUCCAACCAUGCUAUCCGCCUACACUUCAAGUACCGGAACAUGAAACCAUUCUAUGGUCUGAAGGUAUCAACGAAGCCCUUACUCGAAUGGCAUGCGUUUGCUACUAUUCCCAACGAGGACGUGAACGGGAAGCCAGAUGGCUUUUCAGUCUUGAUUUCCAACGCGGGCGAUUGGACGAAGGAGACGAUCACGAAUCCGCCGAAGAAACUUUGGGUCCGUGGGUAUCCCCUCCAUGGUUUGCUUUACACUUCGAAACUAUUCAAAAGGAUUGUCGUCAUUGCUACGGGAUCCGGAAUAGGACCUACACUUUCUCUUUUUUAUGCCGAUGUUACGCCACGACGGAUCUUUUGGUCGACGCCUGCGCCGGAGACUACGUAUGGAGAUAAGGUGGUGAAUGCUGUGAAGAAAGCAGAUCCUAAUGCCAGGAUAUGGGACACCAGGAAGGAAGGGCGACCUGACAUGUUACUCGAAGCCUACAAGUUAGUACAGGAGUCCGGCGCCGAGGCGGUCUUCAUCAUAUCCAACCCAAAGUUGACGAGAAGAGUGGUAUUCGGGAUGGAGAGUCGGGGGAUUCCCGCAUAUGGAGCCAUCUUCGAUUCGUAAUGCCCUAGACUUUUGAGCAACCUAGAUCACAUGUACUUAUAGACUUUAGACUCCCGC